AACAUUAUCGUUCAUUCACGGGAAAACCUUAUGUGGCGACGGACUUGUGUUCGACAAUUUGUUUGCCAUGCGUUCGCUACUGAUAAUUUUCGCGUAUGCCACUUUAGUGUUUAGUUUCGACAACAAAUGCAGUUACCGACGCACUGCAGCUAUAUUAAAACGUUCGACUUACGAUUUCUCAGUGAGACUAUUAGAUAGAGUUUCUCAAGAGACCAAUGAACAUUUCGUCUAUUCGCCGCUGUCGACAUGGCUCCAGUUGGCUUCUUUAGCAGAGGGAGCGACCAAUUAUACUCUAAACGAAAUAUGGAGUAUAACUAGACACCACAGAAGAUAUUGCUUGAAGGAAAUAUGGAAGCAAAUCAUCAAUAAAAUGGACGCUGAUUUGGAAACGGUGUACAAGAGGAAGAGUGUGCUUGUUAUAGAUAAAUUGUUGAAUGUAAAGAAGUCUUUUAUAAAAAAUGUGGAGAAGUUAAAAAGUUUGAAAGUGUUGUUGUAUAAUUUUAACAAUGAAAUUGGUGCGGCCGAUGGUGUGAAUAAUUAUAUAGAAGAGGCUACAGAUGGUGAGAUCACGGAUGUCGUGUACCCUGAUGAUUUUGAUUCAACACUUGCUCUAAUGGUAGGUGCUGUGUAUUACAGUAAUGCUUGGAAAAUGGCUUUUAACCCCGUGUAUACGCAACUACAACCUUUUCACACCAGAGAGUACAGCGACAAUGUUAAUAUGAUGAAACAAAUCGGUUACUACAACAUAACGGAGAUACCUGUGAUCAAUUCAACCGUAUUGGAGAUACCUUGUCAAGACGACAGAGUGUCCAUGUUAUUUUUCUUACCAAAAUCACAAUCGGCAGUCGAUUUGUUUUACUCGUUGAGAAAAAUACAUCUGAUCACAAUAAAGAGGUUGUUCAAAAAUAACGGUCCCAAAUUAGUUAACGUUGAAUUGCCCAGGUUUAAUAUAACCACGGAUAUUGAUAGUAUACCAGAGUUGAUUCACGAUAUGGGAGCAAAGAGACUGUUUCACCCGAAGAGAGCUGAGUUUAAUGGUAUUAGUGAUUAUCCAGUUUAUACGUCUCUGAUGGCUCAAGUAGUUUAUAUAGAGGUGACCGAGCAUGGCGUGAAGGGGGAGGCUUUAGCUGAAAACAUGGUACUUGAUGAUAAACCCAUAGAUUUCAUUGUAAACAAACCGUUCGCGUUUAUGCUUGUAGAUAAAGUUACUGAUCUGAUAUUAUUCGCGGGUGCUUAUUCUGUACCGUCAGUGUUUUAGGUAAAUUAAACAAUUUAUUGUGAUUUUAAUGUUUAUUAUGAACAAUUGUAAUGUAAGAAUAACAUUAUUAUGUCUAAUAUCACAAUAACAGAUUUGUAAAAUAAGUUUUAUUGUAAAGGAAUAAUUUGACGUGUAUGAUUAUGUAUCAAUAACUUAACAAGUUUUAAUACUUAAUAUAAAUAUUAACUUAGAUCAGUAUAACAUAUAGAAUCAACUAAAAAUCAUUGUCAUC